UCCCUCUAGUGGACCCGCCCUAUCCCUCUAGUGGACCCGCCCUAUCCCUUAGUCCCAGCUCUUACAGAAUAGCCUAAAAUCCUGUAGACUAGCUCUGCAGCCAUGGGGAAACUGCUGAAACUAACCUUGAUAGGACUCUUCCUGGCUUUUCUAGGGGAGAGGAUAUUACAAGUCACUCGUCGAUUCAACUUCUUUAGAGAGAUAGAACCUGUAGACCUUCCUAACUGUCAGUACUUGAAAGGAAUAGAGUUUGGGUCUGAAGAUAUACAUAUUCUCCCUAAUGGACUGGCCUUUAUCAGCUCAGGUCUGAAAUAUCCGGGUAUAGUAAAAUUUGCACCUGACACACCUGGAGAAAUAUUCCUGUUGGAUCUAAAUGAUGAAGAGAUGCGUCCGACCUCGCUACAUAUCAGCAGAGGGUUUGACGUGUCUACAUUUAACCCUCAUGGAAUCAGCACGUACAUUGAUGAGAAGGACGACACGGUCUACCUUUUUGUGGUGAAUCAUCCUAAUUACCAAACCACCGUUGAGAUAUUUAAAUUCGCUGAGGAGGAAAAUGUUCUUGUGCACCAGAAAACGGUGAAACACGCGCUCCUGCACAGUGCCAAUGAUAUUGUCGCUGUGGGACCUGGGAGCUUUUAUGCCACUAAUGACUACUACUUCACGGAUUUCACCAUGGGGCAUCUGGAACGCCUCUUUGGUUUGACGUGGACAAACGUGGUAUAUUACAGUCCCGGUGAUGUCAGAGAAGUGGCAUCAGGGUUUUUUACUGCCAACGGAAUUGCCAUGUCAACCGACAAAAAGUACAUCUAUGUUGCUGAUGUCAUUGGUCAUACAAUUAAUGUCUUCGAAAAAAAUGCAGACUGGUCUCUCUCUCCAGUAAAGGUUGUGCAGUUGGAUACGCUUUUGGAUAACCUGACAGUGGACCCAGUUACAGGGGAUAUUUGGACAGGAGCUCACCCAAAUGGAUUUAAGUUGAUCUUUUACAAGGCUGAAGAUGUCCCUGGAUCAGAGGUUCUCCGCAUACAGAACAUUCACUCCGAUAACCCUAUAGUGACCACAGUGUAUGCUAACAAUGGCUCCGUGCUCCAGGCAUCGACAUGUGCGUCUGUGUACGAGGGGAAACUUCUCAUAGGUACAAUAUUCCACAAAGCCCUGUACUGUGAGCUGCACUGAUGUCACCUGCUGCCGGACACUGCCCUAAAUUUGAAUGGAAACGGAUUCUUUCACGAUUGUUUUUGCUAGUGACUGGUUUGUACAACUCGUAUGAACAUUUAAAGGAUAACUGUACCGAAGACUAAAAUACUAGUUUAGGCUGGAGAGGAAGACUACUGGGGUCCAGGUGGCGGUAACUCCACCCCAUAUCUAAACUUACCGUCCUGAAUAUUUUAGACCGGCCAAACGGGUUACAAUUCCCUUCCUUCAUAACCUCCCAGUCAUAUAAAUCCAAGGCAGAACAGGCGAUCAGUGCCUACAGAUUACAUGUGGUUUUGUUUUUAGUUUUAACCCCAUCUCCAACCAAAAUGUUAAGUGGGCGGUGUUAACCUUUAACCUAUUACAGUUUUCAACAAACCGAUGACCAUGAUCUGAGGCUCUUACACAAACCCGCUUCACAGGUGAAGCAGAAGAAGUGCCCAAUGUGUAUGCUAUAUUGUUUCAGGGCCUCUGAAUCUAGACUACCGGUUGAUGUAUAUAAAAGACCCACUAAUAACACUCGCAGAUAUAUGUAAAAUAUUAGGCGCUAUCGUAACAGAAAAUCUUUAAGUUGAAGUUGUGAUCAAGGGGGUGAACGUGGGGGGUAGUUCUUACCUAUAUAUCCCCCUUUACCAAACGUUAGUAGCGUAGUUGCACAAGUGGAUGCUGGGCUUAUGACAUCAUAUACAGGCUGUAACGGUGCACCUACCUCAGGUAACCUUUUGGGCUAGCUCAGGCCCCUGCACAUACAAGGUUGAUGACUGAGUGGACAGUAGACUAUCCUAAGUGCAUCAGUACAUUUAACAGUUUAGUUGGUAGAAUUAUCUGUUCCGGACCAUCUCUGGAUAAAAUCCAGUGCCUCUGCGGCUCAGCUUGUCUCCUACUUCUAGUACUCCCUAGUGUAGCUCUGUAUCUGCCGAUCUCCUGCUCUGCUGUUUAUAUGGGGGAUUUUUUAACCCUAUGCUGAUAAUAAACCAAUAAAUCCCCUAGGCGCAGGCAGUGAGGUGAUUGCUGCGGUGUCCUGAUACUAAAGCAAAGACAAAAAGGCAGCGUUAGGAGUGGAUAUACCUCACCGGUAGUGACUCAUAUCUAAUUGUAGACAGCAAAAAGCAUUACCACGUUUAUUUAGACAUAAAACAACUAUAUAAGGUAACAACAGCAAUAAAAACAGCCAGUGGCAUGUGAUCAGAUGAAUAAGAAUCUACGUGCCGCACUGCUGCGGUUCAGUCUGUAAUUCUUUCCUUUAUAGAGUCUCACGUGUGGGAGUAAGUACUGUAUUCAUGAGAAGGAGCAGUUCAAUGCCUGGUUUUCUUGCUAUUGCUAUAUUAUGCGGUCAUUUUAUACCCAAAUACAUGUCAGUACGUUUCCAUGGUAUUUCUUAGACAUUGUUUACGCUCACAUCUAACGUUAGGGCCUCAGUUAUAGGACGUAUAGUUAAGCUGGGUACACAUUAGACCAGGCAUGUCCAAACUGCGGCCCUCCAGCUGUUGUGAAACUACAUAUCCCAGCAUGACCUGACACAGUUUUGCCUUCAGAGAAUGCUAAAGCUGUGUCAGGGCAUGCUGGGAUGGCUAGUUUCUCAACAGCUGGAGGGCCGCAGUUUGGACAUGCCUGCAUUAGACGAUGUGCAAAUAAUGCCAUGCUCGUACCGAUCCCCCUUCAUCCCCAGAACAAACUAUGGGGCUAAUUCAUAUGCCCGCAUUUACUGCAGGUGACACUCAGUAAUUACAAACGCCUCUGCCUGAUUGACAGGCAGAGGAGUUCACGGAGUGGCAACGCUCCAUUUUCAAGGCUGAGACGGGGCAUUGUGGGGGCGUUGCGGGGGUGUCCGCAGCGAAACGGAGGGGGUGUUGGGACGUGUCGACGCGAACAGGGUGCGGAAGGCAGCGCUAAAGGGGUGGCUGCUGGUUGUCACACGAGCCACCCUGAACAUGAGUCGUCACACGAGCCACCACGAAAACAGCCAUGACACGCCUGCAUUUCCUGCUGUCCGCUCCCCCACCGCAGUGUCGCCACCCUGAACCCCCGCCACCUGUCACUCACUUUUCGGGACCUUCCGGGAUGUGAUCGCAAAAAGAAAGUUCAUGUAUGCGCAAUGCACGUCCAUCGAAAAGCGUCCAUCUGCGACUUAAGAACUGAUGCUGAAUGACCCCCAUAGUGCGCACACACUGUGCAAUCGUUCAAACAACCAAGUGGUAUAUCUUGCUUCGUUUGGCCGUACACACUAUGUGAAUUCCACAAAAUUGUUAGGGAUCUUCUCAUUUGCCUGCACGGCAGGAAGAUGAGAAGAUGCGACGAACGACGCAUGGGAGCGCGCAUUAGUGCGUACACAUUAGACGAUGUGGACGAUACGUCAUUCCAAUUCUGCUCAAAAUCGUCCAAUUUAUCAUCUAAUGUGCACCCAGCUUUAGAAUAAUCCAAAUCAGACCUUUUUUGAUCAGAGAGAGCAGUAGUGUGGGUGCGCCGUAAUACUUCCCUCCUGCCUAUAGCAGCCCCCUGCAUCCGCCACCAAACGAGGGUCACUAAUAUCUCAGCAUACAGUACAUGCUCCUCGUAUGUUUUUUCAUAUUGGCAGGACUCUUAUUCAAUCGUGCCGGCUGCCACUGACUUCCAGGUACUCUUCCCCUUGCAGUAAUUUUGGUUAACCCCACAAUGGUGCAUCCUUUUUAGUAGAAAUACUUGAAAAUUCCAAACCAGUCAGAAAGUUCCACUUUUCAGUUGAGCACAAACCUGUCUGGUACGGUUGCCAGAGAAACCCAAUUCAAAUUUGUUGUUUGAAAGUCCACUGGAGGCGGCAGCUCCUGGAUGAAACUGUUCCUGGUUCCGUUUUGGUAUGGCCUCUCAACUAAUUGAGCUAAUACAAUUAUAUGGUCUAACCACUAAAGGAAAGAAACUACAUAAACUACAAUACAGUGGGACUUUUAGUUCAAGCUACUAUAUCAAACCUAGAUGUGGGGAGAGAUGUGUGCUGAGCGAACCGCUCAGCACACAUCUCUCCACCCGCUCAGCACAGCGUGAUGUGUGCUGAGCGUGCGGGGGGGAGACGGGGGUCCGCUCAUUUCACCCAGCGGGUAAAGUGAGCGACCUGCUAGAUUGGCCUGCAUGCAGGCCAAUCUAGCACCAGCGUUAGCGAUGCGCGGGGCUGUACACACGGAGAGAUCUUGCUUAAAAUCUAAGCAAUCUAGUCAGAUUGCUGAGAUUUUAGGCUGGGAUCACUCCGUGAGUACCCCCCUUUAGAAUGGAGAGUUCCUGAUAACAUACAAAUUCCAUUUUAUGGGUUUUCUGUUUGGAAUCUUGAGUAAAAUCGCCUAGGGCAAGCCUAUGAGAAAAAUGACACCAGUGCACAUGGGUAAGGAGACACAAGAGGACAUAAACGGUAAAAUAAAGGGUGUGUCCUUAUCCUUUGUAUCUAUGUGAGUGCGGCAUUAAGUAUAGACUCAUAUACCUGGGUUAUUUUUUCUCGCAGGGAUCAAUUAUCCCUUUUCUGUCUCCUGGAAGAGAAAUUGGGUGCAGCAAAAAUGUGUUUGCUGGAUUAAACCGCCCAACUGCGCCCACGCUUUGAAAAUGGCCCUUUACUUGAAAUAUGAAUUCUUGCCACUGAUUCACCGAAUACCUUAAUGGGCCAAACUUUUUUUUUAAAUGUUUUUUUUUUUUUCUACUGAAGAGCGCUGUUAGUAACCAUGUUAUAUAAAUUAAUUUUUUUGUUAAGUAGUUUCUUCUGGGUAAUUCAAAUCAUUGGUGCGUUUCCUCUUUUUGAAAUUCCAGAAAUGUGACUUUUUCUUAUCUAUAAUUUGAAAUAAGAUUAAUAAAAUUGUACAAUGAUGAAUAAAUGUGUUUGGUAAUAAAAGUCUUUCAUAUAAUA